GUUUCUUUUGCUAGCCGUUCUUUAAAUUUUCGUUCUUCAUUUUCACAAAAUUUGUGUCACGACAAGUUACCAGGACUGACAGAGAAAUAGAAUUUAGGUUAGGCAAAGUACCGCCCCCCUCCCCAUCUUGUCCAGACUCUGACGUUUUUGAAGUAGCAACGUAAACUGACGGCUCCAGAAAUGGCUACUGGGAACUAUGAACAGUACCUGAAGACUUGUUUGGCUAAGAACAAGGCUUUCAAGAAGUACAAGAACAAGGAUGUUACUAAGAGAGAAGUGCUCCAAGUCUUUACAAGUUAUGGGGAUCUAAAGCCUAACCUGCAACCACACAUUUUCAAUGAUGGCAGCAGAAAGGAUCUUCUCACUCUGGAAGGAACCAUUCCAGUCCAGUACAGGGGUUCGACAUACAACAUCCCAGUGUGCAUGUACCUGAUGGAAACACACCCGUACAACCCACCCCUCUGCUAUGUGCGACCCACGGCCACCAUGGAGAUCAAAACAGGCAAGCACGUGGACAGCAGUGGGAGGGUCUACCUGCCCUACCUACAUGAGUGGAAACAUGGCAAGUCUGACCUGAUAGGUCUGAUCGAGGUGAUGAGGAUCGUGUUUGGAGAGGAGCCUCCCGUGUUCGCUAAGUCAGCUGCCUCCCACAGCCAGCCAGCCGCUCACCAACCCUACCCCAUGGCAGGGGGCCAAACACCCUACCCUGUGGGACCCCCUGGAGGGGGCUACCCUUCCAUGCCUAUGCCUUCUAUGCCUGGUGGUGCCACCAGUACCCCUUACCCGUCCUACCCACCAAGCACUGGGGGAUACCAGCCACCGAGUACGGGAUAUCCCGCCGGGCCGUCGUCGUAUCCAGCGUCAACGUCCGCAGGGUAUCCGGGGCAACAACAGUUCAGUGGCCAGCCGGGAUAUCAGUCAUACCCGCCACAACCCUACCAGGCAGCCACGUCUGCAACACCAGUCGCCAGCUCAGAGCGUCCUCCUCUUGAAAGUCGGGCCUCGAUCUCAGAAGACACAAUUCGAGCCUCGCUGCUGUCCGCUGUCAACGAUAAACUGCGCCGAAGGAUGAGGGAAACGUUUCAACAGGCACAGGCUGAGAUGGAUGCCCUGAAAAGGACGGAGGAUGAUCUGAAGAAGGGACAGAGACAGCUGGAUGAGAUGAUACAGAAACUGGACACUGAAUGUGUUGAAGUAGACAAGAAUGUGCAGUUAUUGAAACAGAAGGAUGAAGAGAUAAAGGAAGUCAUCACUAAGAUGGAGAGUCAGUCUGACAGUGUGGACAUAGACGAAGCUGUGGUCACCACAGCACCCCUCUACAAACAGCUGGUGAACUUGUUUGCUGAGGAGAAUGCCAUUGAGGACACCAUCUACUACCUGGGAGAGGCCCUCAGGAAGGGGGUCAUCGACCUGGAGGUCUUUCUGAAGCACGUUCGCGAGCUGUCCAGAAAGCAGUACAUGUGCAGAGCACUCAUCCAGAAGGCACGGAAGACAGCAGGACUGGGGGAAGUAGUCGGACACUGAGGCACACUCCGGUUCUUAGAAUUUAUUUCGUUCUUCAAGUAACCAAAAUUCAUAAUAUAGAAAGGAGUAAUUGUACCGUUCUGUUGGUUUAAGUUGUAAAUGAACCAGUAUCUAUCAUGUUCAUGCUAACAAAUUUCAGUAAUAAGUUAAGAUUUGUAAUAAGAAAAGCAUUAUCAUUCAGUCCCGCUUUGUUCUGUUCUAUUCAGUCAUAUGCUCAGUUUGUAAAUAAAUGAAUAUGUUGUCCUGUCAUAUAGGAUGUUCCUGCUCAAUGAAUUAAGGGUGGUGUAUAAAGAUAUCAAAUGGCUUUUCUUAAAGAAAACAACAUGAUCAUAUAUAUUGCGAAAAGGUUGUCACCAAUUUUCAUGAUGUGCAUUUACAAUGUAUGACACUAUCUUCCAAAUGGAUAAACUAUUUGGAUCCAGCAAUGAAAAUUCCACAAAAAGGGUGUUUUUUCAUUAUGAUGCAGUGGCUUUAGAUGUGUGUACAAUAAUGAAGUCUUCUUGUACGUGAAAAAUUUGUGUCAGGAUAAAUUUGUCACAAUUAAUAUUGAAGAUGAUGUUAUUCAUUAGCUUAGCAUGAAAGUUCAUCUGUGUUGGUAGAAUACAUUAUAGAGAAUUGCUAAACUUUCAUUCCAACACAAAGAUAAUGUAGGGACUUACCCCUAAAUUUUUUUCUUGUGAACAAAGUCGACCAAGAUCGACCAAAAAUUUAGGCGUAAGUCCCUACAUUAUCUUUGUGUUGGAAUGAAAGUUUAGCAAUUCUCUGUAAUAAUUAUUCAUUAGCAUUAAGGAAAUUUAUGAGUCAGACGUAUUAAAAAUGUGAACUGUCCCCUGAUAAUUAUAUGAUUUUGUAGCAAUGUAUAUUAUAUGUAUGUGUGUGCGUGUAUGUGUUGGUCAAAUUAAACAAAAUCGCUUUAUUUGGUGCAAAUUUCAAUCAAUUGAUUUAUAGGCAACGUACAUUGUAACUGUAUAGUACAUGACUUUGAUGGCAAUGAAAAAUGCCUGAAGAGAGUAAAACGUGUCUGAAUACAUGAGUGUCAAAAAUCUACCCCAGAAUCAUGACCAUAGAAUUUCCAGAACACAAAGAAACCAGAGGUUCUGCUGCAUUAAUCUAAAAAUAUAUACCAUCCAGAGGCUAGGGCCCAAAAUAUAAUUAUUUCUUUGGUAGACCUAACUACAAAUGUACAUUAACUAAUUACUUAAAAGUCUAAGCUACUUGAGUUACACAUUUCAACCAUGAAGUUACAUGUACAUAUUACCAACUGCAAAUGAUACCCAAAACAUAAUGGUAAUGGUCACCUAAGGAAUAAAUGCUUGAAUCAAUCUUUACCUACUACUAUUAAGUAUAUUUUUAGAUCACUGUACGAAAUCCGCUCAUAAAUACAAACUUUCAGUACAUUUUUUUCACAUAUUUUAGACUUCUUGUCUGUCUUGAUAAGGAAACGAUGUAAUUUGGAAAUAAAAGUCCAUAUCAAUCUGAUUAUUUUGCAGUAUCAAUUACAUGUAGAUACCCAUGCAAGGUUGGUGUCGAAAAACAGGUAUAUACAAUUUCAUCUAUUAAAGAUUCCACCCAACA